UCUCCUGCGGUUCUGCUGCAUCCAGGGCCAGCUCAUCCCGACAGGGACCCAUCCCAGUGAGGGGGUCCCUUGCACCCACCUCCCCUCCCAGGCCUCCAUCACACCCCUGGGGCUUCCCCUCCUGGGGACAUUUCUCAAUCCUGCUUAAUCACUGGGGCGGCCUCAGGGAGGAGGAAGCCAUGCAUGGCUUACCAUAAAGAAGCGCUCAUACCAAGCCUGGCCCAGGACCCAGCGCUUAGAGGUCAUGAAGCUGGGAUUUAUCUGGGCUCUGCUCUCCCUCCUGGCCGGGUGCAGCUGGGCACGUACUCGGGCCAUCGGAGCUAAGGAAUGUACCCGCAACUCACAGCCCUGGCAGGCUGGCCUUUUCUUCCUCACCCGGCUCUUCUGUGGGGCGACGCUCAUCAGUGACCGCUGGCUACUCACAGCUGCCCACUGCCGUAAGCCGCAUUUGUGGGUCCGUCUUGGGGAGCACCAUCUGUGGCGGUGGGAGGGUCCAGAGCAGCUGUUCCUGGCUACAGACUUCUUCCCCCACCCGGGGUUCAACAAGGACCUCAGCGCCAACGACCACAACCAUGACAUCAUGCUGAUCCGGCUGCCCAGGCCGGCGCGUCUGGGACCUGCUGUGCAGCCCCUCAACAUCAGCAAGACCUGCGUCUCCCCAGGCACUAAGUGCCUCAUCUCAGGCUGGGGGGCGGUGUCCAGCCCCAAGGUGCAGUUCCCGCUCACACUGCAGUGCGCCAACAUCAGCAUCCUGGAGCCCAUGCUCUGUCACUGGGCUUAUCCAGGCCACAUCUCAGACUCCAUGAUCUGUGCGGGCCGGUGGGAAGGGGGCCUGGGCUCCUGCCAGGGUGACUCUGGGGGCCCCUUGGUUUGCAAGGGGGCCCUGGCGGGCGUGGUGUCUGGGGGUGGUGAGCCCUGCUCCAAACCCCGGCGACCCACCGUCUAUACUAGCGUAUGCCACUAUGACGAGUGGAUCAGAAAAACCAUCGAGGCAAACAGCCCGUAGGGUGUCACUGCAGUGCUCUGCCGCAACAGUCUACACCCUGGACCUCCGGUUGCCCCGGAGACCAAACUCUGUAUGCUCAGUCUCCGCCCCCGCAAGUUGCCGACUACGGUUGGCCACGCCCCCUCAUAGUGGCCAGGCCCCGCCCUAGGACGUCACCGAGAGCUGGCACCACCCCCUGGAAAGGUCCAGGUGUGGCUCCGCCCCAAGGAUCACACCUACUAAAUAGUCCCGCCCCCUAACUUUGCCCAAUGGGACUUCUAUAGAAGCCACUCCUCUUGGCCACGCCUCCUCCACCAGAAGAUCCGCCCCUGUGACGUCAUGGCGCAGCAGCUCCGCCCACGUGGAACUCCACCAGUGUCGGCUCCUCCCCUCGCGGCCCUGCCCUGGGCGUGUCCUGGGUUUGAAUCCAGGCGGGGACUCCACCGGAGGAUGCUUUUCUGAGCCAAUGGGCUAUUUUACAAUAAAUGCCCCUUUCUUCGG